UCGUCCUCGCUGCUACGGCCGCCUCUUCUCCUCCUUCUCCUCGGCCAUGCGAGCCCGGCUGUCCCGUCGGGGCUGCGCUAUUUUGGGUUUGGUGAGCGCGGUGGCUUUGCUAGCUCUCCAGCUGCCUAUGCCUCCUUUCGGGUCGCCCACGGGGGCCCGAGCUAGAAGAGGGACGACCGGGGUGCUUUCCUCCCUACUGCCUGAGCAACUUUCCCAACCCGUCCAGGCCAAACCCCCUCCGGAUCCCUCCGCGCCUGGAGAGUGGGGCAAAGCAUCCCACCUGACCUUGGAUGCUGACCAGAAGCGCCAGGAGGAACGCUUGCUGGAGCGCUAUGCCAUUAACGUCUACCUUAGCGACCGCAUCUCGCUGCACCGUCACAUCCAGGACGGUCGGAUGUCCGAGUGCAAAGCCAAGGCGUACAACUACCGCCAGCUGCCCACCACCUCGGUGGUCAUCGCCUUCUACAACGAGGCCUGGUCCACCCUCCUGAGGACAGUGCACAGCGUCUUGGAAACCAGCCCGGCCGUUGUGCUGAAGGAGAUCAUUCUGGUGGACGAUCUCAGCGACCGGGCGUACCUGAAGAGUGAGCUGGAGGCCUACCUCAGCCGCCUGCCCCGGGUGCGCCUGAUCCGCACCCAGAAGCGGGAAGGGUUGGUGCGCGCCCGGCUGAUUGGAGCCACCUUCGCCACCGGCGAAGUCCUCACCUUCCUGGAUUGCCACUGCGAGUGCGUCCCUGGAUGGCUGGAGCCCUUGCUAGAACGCAUCGCCCAGAACGAUUCCGUCGUCGUCUGUCCGGUGAUCGACACCAUCGACUGGAACACGUUCGAGUUUUACAUGCAAUCCGGCGAGCCCAUGAUUGGUGGCUUCGACUGGCGGCUCACCUUUCAGUGGCAGGUGGUUCCUCCCUACGAGAGGCGGCGCCGGAAGUCCAAAGUAGAUCCCAUCCGAUCCCCCACCAUGGCCGGCGGCCUCUUUGCCGUCAGCAGGAAAUACUUUGAGUACCUUGGCACAUACGACACUGGUAUGGACGUCUGGGGCGGUGAGAACUUGGAACUCUCUUUCCGUGUCUGGCAGUGCGGCGGUGUCUUGGAAAUCCACCCGUGUUCCCACGUUGGACACGUCUUUCCGAAACGGGCCCCGUACGCCAGGCCUAACUUUCUACAGAACACCGCCCGGGCUGCCGAAGUCUGGAUGGACCACUACAAAGAACAUUUCUACAACCGGAAUCCUCCGGCGCGUAAGGAGAACUUUGGCGACCUCGCCGAACGGAAACUAUUACGGCAGCGUCUGCAGUGUCAGAAUUUCGACUGGUAUUUAAAAACCGUCUUCCCCAAUUUACAUGUCCCGGAGGAUCGACCAGGCUGGCAUGGUGCCAUCCACAACCUGGGCAUCUCUUCCGAAUGUUUGGAUUACAACUCGCCGGAACACAAUCCCACGGGGGCUCACCUGAGCCUUUUCGGAUGCCAUGGCCAAGGCGGCAACCAAUUCUUCGAAUACACGUCCAACCUGGAAAUCCGUUUCAACUCGGUGACCGAACUCUGCGCCGAAGUGCCAGAGCAGAAGGAUUUCGUCGGCAUGAGAAAUUGUCCGAAGGAUAAGUCCCCCGUGCCGGAAGUCAUAAUAUGGCAUUUUAAAGAAGAUGGCACAAUCUUCCACCCACACUCCGCCAAAUGUCUGAGCGCUUACCGUACACCAGAGGGUCGCGCGGACGUAAUCAUGAGGACGUGUAAUCCGUCAGAUAAAAACCAGCUCUGGAGGUUCGAAAAAUAGACCCGGAUCGUGGCCUAAAAACAUAAUUCCUGGCAAAUCUAAAGUUUGGGCCUCUUGAAAUUGUCAAGAUUUCCAGAUGAAAUCUUGAUUGGUUGGUUAAAAAGUGCCUUUUUUUCCUAAACUGAGAGAUUGGCAGAACGCAACGACACUUCGAACACAAGUUGAAGUUUGUUCAUUCUGCACGGACUACGAUCCUCGGGACCGUCCCGGGAAUGGGCUAAAUUCGAGGGAACUAGGACAGCACAAUAAUUGUUCCGUUUUUAAGAUUUGCUAAAGGAUGAGCAAUGUUGCAAAGUUGAGGUUUUUCUGAAGCUGGAUCAGAAGCAUUGCUUUCAAGUGAUGUUUUCCAACCUUGGCAACUUUAAAAUGUGUGGACUUCAACUCCCAGAAAUCCAUUUCAACAACUUCCCAUGAUUCCACUUCAAUGUGUCUGGGUUGGGGAAUUCUGGGGAGUCGAAGUCCACGCAUCUCAAAAGUUUGGGAAAAACUAUAAAGAAUUAUGCUUUAACACAUGUGCCGAAAUGAAACUUACGGAAUUAGGGAAUUCCUUAUUUUAGGACGGAGUUUUAAUUCCUCUCUUUCGCUCAACACACCUCUCUCCUCGUUAGAUUUAAUGUUUAACAAAUAUUUAACUAGUGUUUAGUUAAAUGGGUUAAACAAGAAUUUCACUAGUGUUUCGUUAAACUGGGUAGAUUGUUUAAAUUGGUUAACCAAUUGUUGGGCUAGCAUUUGUGUCGUGAUUAAAUUGGUUAAAGGAGA